CAACUCAAGCUGUCUCUUCCAAAAGCGAGACAACGAGUUGAUACAUCCGACAACUCCAAAAUCGGACCCAAUCUGCUCCAAUUGUCACGCCACAAAAAUCAACCAAAAUUCAAUUUGCUCACCCAAAUUAGAAAACUCGCUGAAACACACGCUGGACACGUGGUGCAGGCUGGGGACCGGCGGCGGCAGCAGCAGCAGCAACCUUAAUGUGGACUAAGCGCCGUCGAAGCCACCGCCGCCGCCAUGAUGUACCAACAGCAGUGCUGCAUAAUUGCACUCAUGAUAGCGCACAGCCUCUCGACGCAUCAAUCACCAGAGACGACGACGACGCCAAGGCCACAAUCCGACGUGGAAGCGACGGGAUCCGCAGAUGACCCGGCGUUGUUGGGCAGGAUGUUGGAGGUCCUGGAUCUAGUGGGGGAGCAACGUAGUGACGGUGAUGGGGAAGUGAUGGGAGGGUUAGGGGGUGAGAGUGUACUAGAAGGAUAUGGAAGGGGACACAAGACUAAGGAAGGGGGUAGUGACGGUACUAGGAAUGUCCUCGUAGAUGACCUCGUAGAGCUGGAGAAGCGCGGAGAGUCCGCGAAGCAACGCACAGGAGGCCAACAGCCCCCACAAUCCGGUGAUGACCACCACCCUGUAGACGGGGACACAAAUCCAUCGACACAACGAAGCCUUGCGGCGGGACAAGACAACGACGCCGGUGAUGUCCUCGAUUCGACGGCCACCGUUUCUUCCGUCAGCUUCCUUCCGACGACGACGGAGGCCAGCAGUAGCAGUAGCAACGGCGGCGGCAGUACGAUGGCCCCGAGCGUUCCGGCGCCCCAGCACCAACAUCAGUCCCAACCUCAACCUCAACAGCAGCAGCAAAAACAUCGGACGAUCAACUCGAUGAACCUGAACCCGACGACGCCGGCCAUGGUGGUGAAGCCGGUGGACGAGCACCGGAAGCUGCUCAAGAGCACCGGGCCCAUCCUCAACUACGUCUUCGAUUCGCACCCGCCGUACUACAAGUCCAACUACUACAAUAACCGGUACGGUCCCCACUUUGAGACGGACAACGUCACCAACAUCACCGUCCAGAACGGGGACGACCUAUUUCUAAGCUGUAGGAUAAGUUUGCUGCAGGACAAAACGGUGUCCUGGGUGCGGCGGAAACACGGCGAGACGGACCUGCAGCUGCUGACGGUCGGCAAGCAGACCUACUCGGGCGAUCCGCGGUACACGAUCGAGUUCCAGUACCCGAACAACUGGCGGCUCAAGAUCGCCGCUGCCAACAAGAACGACGAGGGCGUGUACGAGUGCCAGAUCUCGACGCACCCGCCGAAAGUGAUAAUCUACUACCUGCACGUGAACGCGCCGGAGGUGCUGAUCGUGGACGAGGCGGGCGAACCGCUGUACGACAAGUACUACGAGGUGGGCUCGACGAUCAAGCUGAUCUGCCGGAUACGGCACAUGUCGAUGCUGCGGUCGGCCGUCUACUGGAUCCACAACGAGAACAUCCUGAACCACGACGUGCAGCGGGGCGGCAUCAGCGUCAAGACGAACCUGACCAACGUCGGUGCCAACUCGACGCUGGCCGUGGCCAAAGUGAACCGCCUGGACUCGGGCAGCUACACGUGCUCGAUCGGACCAAACCAGCACUACAGCGUCUCCGUACACGUGCUAAACGGUACCGCCAACCCGUACGGAAUCUAUCAGCGAUCGUGUGCCUUCUCCGCGCUGCUCCAAGCCGUGGAUCUGCGGUUCGUGCUGAAACAGCUGCUGUUCCUGCUGCUGCGGAGCGGACUCGCCAGAUAGCAGCACCUGACGCCAAUGGUGAGCACCACCACGGCGGCCGUCACCCUGGUUCUGUUUUCCACGCGAGCUCCGGUAUGAGGCCCAAUUGAGGUUCCCCCCUCCGGAACUCUGUAAAGUUUUUUUGUACAGAAAAGUGAAAAAACAAACACGAAAAUUGUAAGAAUCGAAGCAAGAAGCUCUAGAUAAAUUUCCCCAAAACAUAAACCCAUAGAUAACGAAUAAGUACAUGCAUAGCGAUAACACACACACAUAAAACAACACAAACAAAGUGGAAAGAUAAAUCGCAAACACAAACAGAUUUACUGCAGAUGAUGCUACAGAGAGUUUGUGCAGCGAAAAAAAAACGGAGAAAACGUUUUCUGUACAUUUUCAAACGCGUGUGUGUGUGGUAUGUGCACUCGCAGAAUGACAAACUGCUGCACACUAAAUUUGUUGAUAAAGUGUGGAGCAUUUGAAGAAGAAAGUGCAGCAAAUCUAGAUAAAUGAAAAAUACGUUUUUCCGUUAUGACGAAAUAGGUACGAUAAUUUGUUCAACCAAAACUGUUUCUAGGUUAGUUAUUUUUAUACAAACGAAAAACAACAGAAAAUUUUGUGGGUAUUGAGGGACACGUUGUACAUCGUUGUAAAAAGAAACAAACAUAAACAUGGGGGAAAAAGACAGUUUAAUUGAACACAGUAUUUUUGUAUAAGUGAAAGUUUAGAUGAGAUAUAUAUUUUUCGUUUUCGAAAAAAAAGAAAAAAAAUAAAUAAAAACGUGUUAGAUAUGUCAUAAAAAUCUAAAAUAAAAAGGACGAGGAUGAAUGAACGGACACACUUUAGAGAACACACAUGAUCAAACCAUUAUCGUAUUAUAAGAGAAUAUCGACGAAAGCAGACAAAGGAAACAAAAACUAAAAGAAAACAGACAGCGAUUAUAUCUCCUUAACACUAUUCUAUAGAAUGUACGAAUACUUCGGAAAAUAAGAUCGAUGAAAAAACUAACCAAAAAUCGGUAAAAGCAAACUUUAGUUAAAACGAGAAGAGCUCAAUGGAACAAAAAAGAACAAGUGUAAUCCAAACAAAAUACAGAGUAUUUUGGUGGGAGAAUAAACUGAACAUAGUUUAAUGCACCUUU